CCCUCCUUCUCCCUCCCUCCCCCAAGGUGCCUCGAGAGCCAGAAACGCCAAGAUGAGAUUCCUUUUCCGAAAGAAAUGGAAAAACGGCAAAAAUUAUGCCGAAAAAUUACCUUGGAUUGUGAUACAGGCUGACCUGCUGGAGGCGCGGCUGGGCAGCAGCAGCAGCCUGAGCAGCCGGAGCAGCAGCCCCGGUCCGGGCUCCGAGGGCGCCGCCCCCUGGUGCCAGCGUUGGUGCGGCCGCCUCUGCCUCCUCCGCCUGGCGCAGUUCACGCUGCUGCUCACGCUCGCCGCCGCCGCCGCCCACGCCCUCAUCGCCUCGCUCACCACCCGCGCCCUGCCGCCCACGCCCUCGCCCCUGCACCGGCCGCCCCUGCCGCGCCUCUCGCCCGCCCUCCUGCCGGCGCCGGCGCCCUCCGCGCUGCUCGACCUGCAGGACUUCCACUUCCUGCACGACGCGGCGGAGUCCACGUGCGCGCCCGCGCGCCUGUACUUCGUGUUCCUGGUGCACUCGCGCCCCGACCACUUCCGGCAGCGGCAAGCCAUCCGCGCCACGUGGGGCGGCCUGCGGGCACUGGAGGGCGGCUGGGCGGCGCGCACGGUCUUCAUGCUCGGCGAGGGCAGCGGGGGCGGCGGGGACGCGGGCGGCGCGGGCGGCGUGAAGGUGGGCGAGCUGGUGGGCCUGGAGGCGCGGCGCCACGGCGACCUCGUGGUGGGCGCCUUCCACGACCACUACCACAACCUGACGUACAAGCACGCGAUGGCGCUGCGCUGGGCGGCGUCGCGCUGCCGCCACGCUGCCUUCGUCGUCAAGGCGGACGACGACGCUUUCAUCGACGUGCCGGCGCUGAAGGCGCUGCUGGACCGCACCUUCGCCGCGCAGCCGCCGCGCCGCACCCUCGCGUGCCACGUGCUGCCGCCAGGCACGCGGCCGCAGCGCAGCGGCAAGUGGGCCGUCAGCGCCGCCGACUACCCGUGGGCCGAGUACCCGCGAUACUGCGCCGGCCUGGCCUACGUGGCCUCGGCCGACGCCGCCGACGAGCUGUCCCGCGCGGCGCAGGCGGGCGCGGCGCCGCGGGUGUGGGUGGACGACGUGUGGGUCACGGGGCUGCUGGCGGAGGCGCUGCAGCUGCAGCACCACUACCUCAACCUGCGCUACUCCUACGACCACACGGAGAUGGCGGAGUGGGCGUCGCGCGCGCGGGCGUCGCUGGCGCCGCCCUUCGCCUUCGCCCACCUGGACCCCGCGUGCCCCGACUGGCGCCCCACGCUGGACGCGCUCUGGCGCCACGCCCUCGCCGCCCGCAACGCCUCGGCCGACGCCGCCGCGACCGACAGAUAGGCGGGAGAGCGGGCGCCUGGGCGAGGCAGAGGCGUUCACACUUAUAAACAUUUUGCAAAACGAACUACGAGGACCUGCUUGUGACUGUAAAUAAUAUGCUAAAAAGAUUCCAAUGACCUAUUUUUGUAGACGCCAAAGCUAUCACGCAUGUUCCGAGCCUAUGUGUCUGUCUGUCUGUUAGCGAACGGAUUUCAUUGGAACAGAACAUUCCAGACUGUUUGUGUACAGAAACAGCAAGUGCCAUUCUACAUUCAGUGCCUCGACGCGGCAGAUUUGCACUAAGGGUGAAAUUAUCAUGUGAUAUGAUACGAUUCUGAGCUUUAAUGUGCCAACUUUCUAUAUAUAUACCCUGAGAAUUAAGGAUCUUCUUUUAGCCCAACGGAAUGUCCUAAAAUUCUCCGUAAUGUUUUUUUUUCUUCUUUUUUUUGAUAAUCUAAAAAAAAGUAAUUCGAAGUUAUCAUUGCAAAUUCAUCUCCUUCUUGAUAUGCUUAGAUAUCUAAUAACGUUAUCAUACAGAUAACAAAUAGAUAUCAAUCAGAAUAGUACAUUUAAUUUCAUUUAAUAUCAAGAGACGAUCAAAUCCCAUUAAUCCGUUACAAUUGAUAUUUCGAAUUAAUAACAUUUUCUCUGAGAAAUAAACAAAAUUUAGCUCAGUUUAAGAAUUAGAAAAAAUAUAUUAACCAUUUUGAAUAAUAAUGAAAAACUACACUAAUCUGUGAUAUUUAGAAAAGUGAGACUAUGUGAUUUUUAUGUAAUAAGUAAAAUAUGUAAAUAUAA